UGUGAUCCACUCAGUACGCAUGCGCUAGGCUGUUCUUCUCACCCGCCCCUUCGCUCCGUGCUGUUCCCUCCACUCCCCGCCCCUUUCCCGCCCGGAUAUCAGCCUAGUUUUGGCGGAUGUUGUUGUGAAUCCCAGAGACACGUGAGGCGCUGCUACGUCAUCACAGGCACGCGAAGGAAACAUGGCGGCGGAGAGUGUUGUGAGCGGGAAGCUUAUAUAUGAACAGGAAGGGGUCUAUAUUCACUCAUCUUGUGGAAAGACCAAUGACCAAGACAGCUUGAUUUCAGGAAUAUUACGUGUGUUAGAAAAGGAUGCUGAAGUAAUAGUGGACUGGAGACCAUUGGAUGAUGCUUUAGAUUCUUCUAGUAUUCUCUAUGCUGGAAAGUGUUGCAAUGAAAAUUCUUACAUAUGCCUCUUUGUGUACAUGUGUAAGUAUUUCUCUGGAGUGGAUGAUAUAAAGAGAGUUAUUGUAAUGACACACAUAUCUCCACAGGAUAAAAGAACACUUCUUGUGAAUUGUCAGAAUAAGAGUCUUUCACAGUCUUUUGAAAAUCUUCUUGAUGAACCUGCAUAUGGUUUAAUACAAAAAAUUAAAAAGGAUCCUUAUACAGCAACUAUGGUAGGAUUUUCCAAAGUCACAAACUACAUUUUUGAUAGUUUGAGAGGCAGUGAUCCCUCUACACAUCAACGACCGCCUUCAGAAAUGGCAGAUUUUCUUAGUGAUGCUAUUCCAGGUUUAAAGAUAAAUCAACAAGAAGAACCAGGAUUUGAAGUCAUCACAAGAAUUGAUUUGGGAGAACGACCUAUUGUUCAAAGGAGAGAGCCAGUAUCACUGGAAGAAUGGACUAAGAACAUUGAUUCUGAAGGAAGAAUUUUAAAUGUAGAUAAUAUGAAGCAGAUGAUAUUUAGAGGGGGACUUAGUCAUGUGUUGAGAAAGCAAGCAUGGAAAUUUCUUUUGGGUUAUUUUCCUUGGGACAGUACCAAGGAGGAAAGAACUCAAUUACAAAAACAAAAAACAAUAACAUUGGGAGAUGCUCCAAGUCAUAGAAAUGGGAAAAGCAAAUGGUCAUUCCUGUUCAGUUUGACAGACCUGAAAUCAAUCAAGCAAAACAGAGAGGGUAUGGGCUGGUCGUAUUUGGUAUUCUGUCUAAAGGAUGACGUCGUUCUCCCUGCUCUGCACUUUCAUCAAGGAGAUAGCAAACUACUGAUUGACUCUCUUGAAAAAUAUGUGGUAUUGUGUGAAUCUCCACAGGAUAAAAGAACACUUCUUGUGAAUUGUCAGAAUAAGAGUCUUUCACAGUCUUUUGAAAAUCUUCUUGAUGAACCUGCAUAUGGUUUAAUACAAGCAGGACUGCUAGACAGAAGAAAGCUGUUGUGGGCCAUUCAUCAGUGGAAAAAAAUUAAAAAGGAUCCUUAUACAGCAACUAUGGUAGGAUUUUCCAAAGUCACAAACUACAUUUUUGAUAGUUUGAGAGGCAGUGAUCCCUCUACACAUCAACGACCGCCUUCAGAAAUGGCAGAUUUUCUUAGUGAUGCUAUUCCAGGUUUAAAGAUAAAUCAACAAGAAGAACCAGGAUUUGAAGUCAUCACAAGAAUUGAUUUGGGAGAACGACCUAUUGUUCAAAGGAGAGAGCCAGUAUCACUGGAAGAAUGGACUAAGAACAUUGAUUCUGAAGGAAGAAUUUUAAAUGUAGAUAAUAUGAAGCAGAUGAUAUUUAGAGGGGGACUUAGUCAUGUGUUGAGAAAGCAAGCAUGGAAAUUUCUUUUGGGUUAUUUUCCUUGGGACAGUACCAAGGAGGAAAGAACUCAAUUACAAAAACAAAAAACUGACGAAUACUUCAGGAUGAAACUACAGUGGAAAUCUGUCAGCGAAGAACAAGAGAAGAGAAAUUCGAGGUUAAGAGAUUAUAGAAGUCUUAUCGAAAAAGAUGUUAACAGAACAGAUCGAACAAACAAGUUUUAUGAAGGCCAAGAUAAUCCAGGGUUGAUUUUGCUUCAUGAUAUUUUGAUGACCUAUUGUAUGUAUGAUUUUGACUUAGGGUAUGUUCAGGGAAUGAGUGACUUACUUUCCCCUCUUUUAUAUGUGAUGGAAAAUGAAGUGGAUGCCUUUUGGUGCUUUGCCUCCUAUAUGGACCAAAUGCAUCAAAAUUUUGAAGAACAAAUGCAAGGUAUGAAGACCCAGCUAAUUCAACUAAGUACCUUACUUCGAUUGUUGGAUAGUGGAUUUUGCAGUUACUUAGAAUCUCAGGACUCUGGAUACCUUUAUUUUUGCUUCAGAUGGCUUUUAAUUAGAUUUAAAAGGGAAUUUAGUUUUCUAGAUAUUCUUCGAUUAUGGGAGGUAAUGUGGACUGAACUGCCAUGUAAAAAUUUCCAUCUUCUUCUCUGUUGUGCUAUUCUGGAAUCAGAAAAGCAGCAAAUAAUGGAAAAGCAUUAUGGCUUUAAUGAAAUACUAAAGCAUAUCAAUGAAUUGUCCAUGAAAAUUGAUGUGGAAGAUGUACUAUGCAAGGCAGAAGCAAUUUCUCUACAGAUGGUAAAAUGCAAGGAAUUGCCACAAGCAGUUUGUGAGAUCCUGGGACUUCAGGACAGUGAAGUUACAACACCAGAUUCAGACACGGGUGAAGAUGAAAAUGUUGGCAUGACUAGUUGUCCUACAUCUACAUUUCAGAGUGACUCCUUGCCUGUACUUGCUACCAGUGGAGCCAGAGAUGACGACCAAACACAGAUAUCAGUGUCCCCAAAUGUUAGCAGAUUAACACCUGCAUGAUCAUUCUUCUUGCUUAAUUUUUGAAGAGACACUUUGUUGCAACCUUUUUCAAGUACUUGAAAGGUGGAAAUUUAAAAUCUUGGUAUUGAUCAUGCUUUAAGGUUUAUGGAAAGAAAGUGUACUGAUGUUCUUGCAUUAAAGCUUUACAAAGAUUUAAACUAAUUAUUUUUGUAGUUACUUCUACCAAAUAGCCUUUCCUUUUCAAUAACAUUCCUUAGUAUUUUUAUAGCCAAGUACAUUUUAUUUUCUUGCUGAUGAACUGGAAUUGGAUAAAUAUUACAAGUGGAAGAGUUGGAAAUUAUGCACUUUGAAAAACAUUCACUUUGUUUACUCUAAGUUUAGUGGGUUUUGGAUUUGAUUAAAUUAAAUGUUGGGCCUUUCUAUAGCAUGCUAAGCUGAGAAGUAGAUUGUGUUACCCAAGUGAUGAGAUAAAAAAUUUGUUUUUCUCUAUUGUUUACAACAAUACUCAGCUUAAAUAUUUAUGCUGGUUGAAUGUGAUUUAAAUUGGGUAUUUCAUCAAUGCAAUUUAAUGUGUAGAUAAAAAGAGCUAUUUCAACCAUAAUAAGUGGAUUGGCAGUAUAUUUUUUACAUUGAAGUUUUCUUCACUUGUAUAUAAAAACUAUAUAAGUACUUAUUUAUGAGUAUAAGAAAGGAUAGGCAUAUUUUCUUUAACUGAAUAAACUUGACUAUUGAUUUAUAUAACCUGAUUUGACAAAAGUAAUACAUAGCUUCAAUAUGAGAUCUUUUUCAAAACUAUUUUCUUAACCAAACAUUUAUUUCAUGGGACUACAUUCAACCCUGUACCUGGUGUAAUUUUAAAAUUAAUUGCUUGUAAUCUCACUUUACUAAUAAUGUGUUUAUUAUCUUUCCUAAUAAUGCAUUAACUGAUUAAUCAGGUCUUUAAAUUUUUAUAAAAUGCUCUUUGCAAAAAGCUUAUGUCAAAAAUUUCAAUAUACUAUCACGAGUCUCAAAGUAAUACUUUUUUGUAUAUGAAUGAAGCUGUUUUUACCAUGCAGUGUUGCAUGAUUUUAAGUUAUGUGGAAUUAACAUAACUGAUUCCGUUUUAAUUGUAAUUUGUUAACUCCUGUACAUAUCAUUAAAAUAAAUUUGAAGUUGAA